GACGGAGCGAGCAAGGCUUCCACUGGUCGACCAGGCAGCCGUUUCAAGGGGAAACAUUCCUUAGACAGCGAUGAGGAGGACGAUGAGGAGGAGCAGGACGCCCAGAAAUACGACAUCCUGGCAACCGAGGACAUCGAGGGUGAGGGGACUGGGGGAGGGGGGGGAGAGGGACACGGAGCGGGGAGGGAGGAGGUCGCUCUACUCCUCUGCCCUCUCCCCCUCCCUCCUGAUGUCAUUCGCUCUCUCUCGCUCUCUCCUCCCAUUCCCCUGUCUGGGGACCGGUUGUCCGGGGGACUGGCGGCGUAUCACGUGCGUCGGAUCUCCCCGUUUCAGGUGCGGGUCCAGCCGAGACCGGUGAGGGCGGAGGCAGACGAGGGCAACGCUGAGCCGCUGACUGACGUCAGGAGCCUGUUGGAGGGAAUUCUGGGAUAUCUGCAACCGGGCGAGACGGUGGCCAAAGCUCUCAGGAGACUGGGCAGCGCCAGAGUGGAGCGUCCGAAACGCAAGAGGCGGAGGGCAGGAGGAGGAGGAGGAGAGCAGCAGGAGGACAGCGAGAAGGAGAAGGAGGAGAGAGGGGAGGCGCAGAGCCUGGACUCCCUCACCAGUCUCGCCGACCAGAUGGUGGCCUGGGGGGAGUUUGAGAUCUACCAGGAGACGUACGAGAGGAUCCGGUAUCGCCUGCGCAAGGCGAGGGAGCGGCCAGCUCAGGCACCAGCGCACAGGGAGGCCCUCGACAUGUUCGCCGAGCAGAUCGACGAGAGUGAGCUCCUGGUGAAGGCAGAAUCACCUCCCGGCCAAGGUAUAUACCCCCCUCCUACCUCUCAGGGAGAUAUCU